AGAAAAACUAGACAAAAAGGAUAUAUCCGUCAUUUUACAACAAGUCAUACAACAUAACAUGCCAAAUUCUUGCAUCUUCCUACUACUCUCCGCAAAACAAAGGCCAAAAAGCAAAACGGAGAGAGAGGAAUUAGAAAAAAGAAAAAACAAAAACUAUUAAGAGGGAGAAGAAGGAGAGUGACGGUGUUAUAAUGACUGAGGGUUUCAUGAUACAGAUCGGUCUAUGAAUCUGUUUAUUAGUUUCAUACAUUUCUCAAAAUUAACACGUCUAAUCUAAUCUCCGUUUUUGGUUGAUUAAUUAAAUUUUUUAAUUAAUUAACCAACCUUAAUAUUUUAUUUUUAUUUUUUCUGUUUGAUAGUUUAUAUUUUAAUACUGAUCAAAAUUCAUCCUUUAUCACUGAAACCCUAAUUCUGUUGCAUUAUUUGUAUAUGGCGAUGACGGCUGAUUCGUCGCAGAAUCAACAACCUGCUGCUGCUGAUAUUAUCAACAGUCCUCAAAAGAGAAAAAACUUUCCCUCAGCUUGGGCUCAGGUGGUUCGAGGAGCCGAGCCGGUCUUGAUACCUCCUCUUCAACACCUAGCUCCGCCGCUGCUGCAGGAGCAAUUUCCUUUUCCUGAUUGCUCCUCACCUGCUAAGGCGUCCUCUCCGCCGCCGCAGCAGCAGACGGAAAAUUCAGAGAGUACGGAAAGUAAUAAUGGAAAUGCGGGGACGCCGAAGAAGCCGGCUUGGAGAAAGCCGUCGCCCAAUGGCUUAGCGGCUGAGGUUGUUGUUAGUCCUGUGAUGGGAGCUGUUUCUUGGCCUGCUUUAUCUGAAUCUACUAAUAAAGCUUCUCCCAAAUCAUCACCACCACCGCCUGAUGGAUCAUCGUCAAUGCCUGCUGUUCCUCAGGGACCUGUCAUAUCUCAGAAGCAAGCUCCCACUAAUGCCAAAUCUAAUUCAACAUCAAAUCAUGUGAUGCCAGCUAGACAAAGGCCUAUGAAGCGUGCUGGUGGUGGCGGCGGUGGUAGCUCUGGAGGUGGACAUUCUCAAAGCACUUUUACUCAUGUUCCACAACCACCACCGUCACCACCACCUUAUCCCAUAUUUGCAAUGCCUCCCAAUGGUUAUGCGAAUCUGGUUCCUGUAGUGCCAGAUCAAUCUCCAAGGGGCAACAGCUGGGAACCUAGACCAGUUGUUGGGGCGUUUGUGCCUCCAUUACCUGUGGUAAAUGAUCACAGACAUUCUUCUCGAAGAGGCAACUUUGGACCGCGUGGAGAUGGGUCCUACAAUAAUAAUUUUGGGGGUAGGCGUGAUCAGGACCGUGGACAUUAUGGGAAUGGCAGAGAUGUUCCUGCUCAGCCUCAGAGAUCCCCAAGGGGCUUUGUUAGUCCUCCACCACAAAAUACUGCUCCAUUUGUUCCAUCUCAGACUGUGAGACCCUUUGCUAAUCCCAUGGGUUUUCCUGAUUUGGUGUAUAUUCCUGCAUUGCCAUUGGAGCCAUAUAGGGGGGUGCCUUUCAUCGCACAUCCACCAUCUCCAGUGAUGAUGCCUGUUUCUGAACCUCCUUUGCCUGAUAUUUUAGUCCGUCAGAUAGAAUAUUAUUUCAGUGAUGGUAAUUUAGUUAAAGAUGAUUUUUUGAAGUCAAACAUGGAUGACCAGGGCUGGGUUCCUAUUACUUUAAUAGCAAGCUUUAAUCGAGUUAGGAAAAUGACUAAUGACAUCCAUUUAGUUUUGGAUUCCUUGAGGACUUCAACUUUUCUAGAAGUACAGGAUGACAAAGUGAGAAGACGUAAUGAUUGGACGCAAUGGAUACCUAAUUCUAGUAGGCUUCCUACUGAUUCAAGCCAGCAAACAUUGAGUGCAUCGAAUCACAAUUUGCUGACUACUUUUCAAACGAUGACAGUGGAGGAAGUCGCUGCCAACCAAAAUAGCACGGCAGUUUCAUCAUCCUCUAACUCUGAGGAUGCUGCAGUGAAUUCAUCUGGGUUGACAGCUGAGUCACUGAUCCCUCAAGGGGAAGGUUUUGAGGAUGCAAGUUCAAGCUGAAACACGUUUUAUUUAAGCAACAUAUCCUCUUGGGAUGUUGUAUUGUUUCAUAACAAGGGAGAUGAAUGCUGCUACAGAAGGUCAGGGAGACUUUUAUUUUUAGCGGUGCCUGGUUUUGACAGAUUUUGCUGAAGGGCAUGGAGGUAAUCAAAUAAGAAAAUAUAUAGGUAUUUAAAUCAGGGAAAGAAACGAAAGAGAAAAAAAAAAAAGAACAUAUAGGUCGUUAAGUGGGAAGAAUUUUGGUUCUUGUAUAGCUUGGUUCUGGUGUGGAUGAUAAUCAUCUCUUCUUCUUCUACUACUUCUAUUUCUACUUCUUCUUCAUUUCCUGGUGGCAUUUGAAAAAAUGGUUUUCUCAGCAUUGCAAAAUUUGUGAGUUGAUUCUCCUAAGGCAAGCAAUGUAUUACCAUAAAACUCGUAUUUCGAUAAAGGGGUUUGAGUUGUAAUCCAUUUCUGUGCAUAGUUGCUGGAAAUGGUUGCACUGAUGAUUCUCUCUUUUCUACAUAUGCUUUCUAUGCUUUGCGACU